UGUUGACAGGCCUCUUUCACCGCCCGUGCUCUGGCUGUUGGUGUUGCUAUCACGUUUCCAGCCUCCACAUCUAGAACUUUCCUGUUACUCCAGGAACACUGUCCACAGUCACAGAAAGCCCAUGGCAACCGAACGCAGCUUCACCGAUAGCUUCAUUGACGAAGAUCCACAGAGAGCUCUGGAGGCACUGAAUGAGGCCUUGCAAGGCGACUCCGACAACGCAGAGUGGUUUUGUCAGCGUGCUUAUGCUCACAUUCUUCUAAAAAACUACAGCUGUGCUGCUGAUGAUGCAAAGAAAGCACAACAGUUAAAACCCAGCCUUCCUCUUGCUUUCAUGCGAACAGGAAUAGCAGAGUACUACAUGAACCAGUAUGUGUCAGCACAUGCAACCUUCACUCAGGGACACGAACUGGAUGCUUCUGACAAAUCAUAUGAGAUCUGGAUAAAGCGGUGUGAAGAAAUGAUCAAUGAUCAGACACAGAACGGCAGCGUCAACAGGCAGACACCAGCAGUGCCACAUGUGAAAUACGACUGGUAUCAAACAGAAUCUCAAGUCAUUGUCACAGUCAUGGCGAAAAACGUACCCAAGGAUGGUGUUUCUGUCAAAUUCAUGGACAAAGAGCUCGAAGCCAUGAUACAGCUGGCAUCAGGGGAGAACUACGACUUCCACCUCCACCUCCUGCAUCCCAUCAUCCCUCAACAGAGUACCUUCAAGAUCCUCACCACCAAGGUGGAGAUCAAGAUGAUGAAGACAGAUGCCAUCAGAUGGGAGAAGCUGGAGGGAGAAGGACAGGAGUCCAACAUCAAACACUUCAAUCCUAAUCAGUACCCGUCGUCGUCCCACUACACCUGCAAAUGGGACAAGAUGGUGGUAGACCUCGGUGAGGAGGAGAAGAACGAAAAGCUGGAGGGAGACGCGGCGCUCAACAAGCUCUUCCAGCAGAUCUACUCGGACGGCUCAGACGAGGUCAAGAGAGCCAUGAACAAGUCCUUUAUGGAGUCAGGUGGUACAGUCCUCAGCACCAACUGGAGAGAUGUGGGCAAGAGAACAGUGGAAAUGAACCCACCAGAAGAUGUAGAGUUCAAGAAGUACUGAGCACCCAACCCCACCCCACCCCACCCCCACCCCCCUUUUGUUUGGCAUCAUCUUUCUUCACAUUUGCUCAUCUGAGUCCUCGUUGCUCUGCAGUCUCCGUGGCCGUCCACUUCCUCCCCUCAGUUUUGUUUUUGCUCACUCCGCCUUCGUGCAGGGAGCCUCAGUGUUCCCACCGUCACUUGACCAAACCACACAUGGCCUACUCUCUGCAAUAGCUUCCUACCAGAUGGAGUCAGUUCAUUUGAAUAAUCUGUUGAACGGAUUGAUUUACAUUAUCUUAAUUUUUUUUUUUUAUUUUAAAGGCUAAUGAGCUCAAAAGGGAACAAAUGUCUGGAUUAAAAACCUGAAAUGCUCAAAUUCAACCAUCGGAUUCUUAUUUUCUCUCCUUUCUCUCAAAUCGCCCUCAGCCUUUCUAUUUGGGAGCUUUUUACAACUCUAUUAUCAACACUUGUAUAAAAAUGUAAAAAAAAAAAGAAAGAAAAAAAGAACCAUUCGAGAUGUUUAAAUAAUUAUGAAUGCAUUUCUUGGCUUAUACAGCUUUUGUUCUCUACUCUAGAAAGUCAACAGCAAUACUCUGACUAGUCUGGAAACUGUGUGACGUGUCAGCCAGUGGCUCAGCACCGGUCGUUCCCUCAGUGUGAUUCCAGCUUCAGUGUAAAUAAAAGAUUUGUUGUU